AUGGAAGAAGAACCCCAGCUGCCAGUCAUAACCUUCCUAGAUAGGAAUGCUUCAACAUCUAGAAAGCGGUCACCUAAGGUGGUACACCUCGAGUCCGACUCCGAGGCCGAGGAAGAGGAAUCCGACGACCCUGGCCAGAAGGAAGACACCAUGGAGGCGGAACCAGAGAAGAAGUUGAACCCUUGCGGAAGUCCAAAGGUGGAAUACGUACCCUAUUCCCCCACUUCGGCACCCCGUCGAGUUUUGGUUCAUCCCACACAACGGAACCGGGUCUUCACUGCGCAAAAGGGUGUUGAAGGGAGACCCCUGGGAAUGUCCAACAGUUCCCCCACCCUCUGCCGAUGCACCCCAACGUCAAGGACGAGUCUUUGCCCUCAGCAGGUCUGUCAGAGGGUUUGCAUCCUCAUUUCAGGUAGAUCACACCUUGCUAACCUAGUGUGCCUCCCUUUAGUAGGAUUAGAUAUCAUCAUAGGAAUGGACUGGCUCAACGAAAACCGAGUCUCGUUAGAUUGUUUUGAGAGAAAAGUCAUCUUCCCUUCUCAAUCCAUACGAGACACACGUGACCUUCCAAGAUCCUCCGAAGACACCAAUACGAGGCAAGAAUAUGCCUUGCUAAAUUCGGUAAAAGCAGACUCCCAUCAGGAGUUCUGUGAGAUACCAGUAGUACACGACUUUUCAGAUGUCUUUUCCGAAGAUAUACCCUCGUUUCCCCCAACACGAGAGGUUGAUUUCUCCAUAGAAUUGAUGCCUGGGACAGGGCCAAUCUCCAUAGCCCCUUACCGGAUGGCUCCAUUGGAACUCACUGAACUGAAGAACCAACUAGAGGAGCUGCUGCAAAAAGGAUUCAUCCGACCAAGUGCCUCUCCCUGGGGAGCUCCAGUAUUGUUUGUGAGGAAAAAGGACGGCAGCAUGCGUCUCUGCGUGGACUAUAGGCAACUCAACAAAAUCACGGUGAAGAACAAGUAUCCCCUCCCAAGAAUAGGUGACUUAAUGGACCAACUACAAGGUGCAACAGUGUUCUCAAAAAUCGACCUGAGAUCAGGGUAUCAUCAAAUAAGGGUAAGAGAGGAAGACAUUCCAAAGACAGCAUUUCAAACGAGAUACGGACACUACGAGUUCACCGUAAUGUCUUUUGGGUUUACCAAUGCCCCGCCGUCUUUAUGGACUACAUGA